AUGGUGAAGUUCUACGAGCGGAGGGACACGUUCAAGUUCACCUGGGACCAAGUGGCGCAGGGCUUCUGGGCCAGGUACCCCAACCCGUACAGCACUCAUGUCCUGACGGAAGACAUCGUCAGCCGCUAUGUGGAGGGCGGUAAACUGUUCACAAAGCGCCUCCUCACAAAGACCAACCCGAUGAACCGGCUGCCGAAGUGGGGGGAGCGGUUUGUGGGCACCAAGUCGGUGCGCAUCGUCGAAGAGUCGGUUGUGGACCCUCGUAGCCGAACUCUGGUCACCUACACACGCAACAUAGGUCUCCAACACAUCAUGUCAAUCGAAGAGAAGUGUGUCUACCGGCCGGCUCCAGACAACCCGAAGCACACGGUGGUGGAGCGCAGAGCCUGGGUUUCCUCUUCCAUCCUGGGCUUCUCGUGCGCCAUCCAAGCAUUUGGUGUGGAGCGCUUCAAACAGAAUGCGGCCAAGGCCUCCAAAGGCUUUGCCUACGUCCUGGAGCGCAUGUUUCCAGGGACCCAUCCCGCAGACAAAGAGUGGCUUCGUUCCAAGCUGGCCACGGAGCUUGCCAAGGCCAAGGCGGUGCCACUGGUGGCUGCCGCCGGCUACAACAACAACUAGCAGCAGCCCACAAGGGUUGCCCGGCACUGCCAGAGUACUCUUUACUGCUGGGACUCGAUUUUGAGUGGUUAACAGGGAGGGGGGGGGGGGGGGGGGGGGGAAGCCAUUUGAUGCUCUUGUGCCAAGUAGAGUGUAGCAUUCCACUGAAAGCUGACACAAUGUGCUGUAACUGCCGGAGCAAUGUUUGAUGGGAAAUGGAUGCUUUAUUGGAAUCGGUGCCUUCGUGGGGCACACGCAGGAGUUGGGAUGGGGGUCACUGUUUUGUCUUUUGUUUGUAUGCCAUUUGUUACUGAGACUGUUGUGUAUAGCAGCCGUGUAUAAUAAAAUUGCUGUAUUUUAUGGGCGUACAGUUAA